AUUUGCUGAUCGAUCACGUCAAACCAUAACUCUCUCUCUCUGUUCAAGAAUAAUAUCUUGCGCCUACAACUUCACAGAGGAGUGAGAUCAUUACUAAGAUAUCAAUUGAAGCUUCAGUUAGCUUAGAUAACUGCCAACAUCUACAUAAUUGUCAAUCUCCCGUUUCGGGAAGCAAUUCUCUUGCGCAUCACCAUCCAGCACUCAGACCACAAAUACAUCUGAAGCGCCAUCUAAACCAACACAACAGCCUAAUCACAAGCAACAAUGGCAUCCUUCCUCACCCAAUUCACCUCCUACCUCCCCCAACACCCCGGCCUCCUCCCACAAUGGCUCCUCCUGGUCUCCAUAAUCUCAGUCGGAAACUCCAUCCAAGCCUACUCUACCCUAGAAUUCACCUCGCAAGUCUACGCUGGCUGGUCUUCCCAUCCCGGCCAAACGCCCUCCUCCACCACCAGCCCCGCGACACCGCUCUCCUCGCGGACCUUCGGGACAUGGACGCUGAUCCAAUCCAUCGUGCGCAUGUACGCUGCGUACAACAUCGACAAUCCGCAGAUAUACCAGAUGGCGGUGCUCACGUACGUGGUUGCCUGGCUACAUUUCAUGAGCGAGUGGUGGGUGUUUGGGACGGCGAGGUGGGGAAGGGGAUUGGCGGGGCCGGUGGUGGUUGCGACGGGGAGUUUGGCGUGGAUGUGGAUGCAGUGGGGAUAUUAUGUUCCUGCUUGAAGGGUGUAUAUGUCGGAAAAGAUGUACAAACGACUAUCUAGCAGAAGGAGAGAGCUGGAUAGAUGUAGAUAUUCUCUAAUGUCUAAUGCCAAAACCCAAACGACCUCCGAUGCUUUCCAAGGACGCCUCACUGCAAAUGCUUCCUAUACAACUCACCUCCACAAUCAUCCCUAAGUCUCUUCGCCGCUUGCUCGGGGGUUAUAUCUCGUUGCGGCUCGGCCAUAAGCUCGUAUCCAACCAAGAACUUCCUAACGGUAGCACUACGCAGCAGAGGAGGAUAGAAAUGCAUAUGAAAAUGCGAACUCUCAAUCUCCUCCUCCGUGCCCUCAAGUGGCGCCUGAUGAAUACCAGAAC